AUGUAUGGAAAUAAUACGAAAGUCUUCUUCACAACGUCAAUAUGUGUGCUGAUUGUUGCUAUUGUGAUGGCAAGCUGGGGUUUCCCGAAGAUCGUUAGACAACAAAUAAAAAAGAAUUUACAACUGGACAACUCGUCGGCAAUGUUUGAAAAAUGGCGCGUUCUGCCGAUGCCGUUAUCUUUUAAAGUUUAUUUAUUUACCGUCACAAACACAGAGGAUAUCAACAAUGGAGAGAAACCGAUAUUAAAAGAAAUAGGACCAUACGUUUACAAGGAGUAUCGUAGAAAAAGAAUUCUGGGUUACGGUGAUAAUGACACAAUCAGAUACAUGCUGAAGAAGACCUUUGAAUUUGAUGAAGAAGCGUCCGGAGAACUGUCUCAAGAUGACGAGAUCACAGUCAUUAACUACUCCUAUAUGGCCACAAUAUUAACAGUUAACGACAUGAUGCCUUCAGCCCUCGGCCUGGUGAACUCAGCCCUAGGCAGUUUCUUCCCAAACUUAACGGAUCCAUUCUUACGAGUCAGAGUGAGGGAUCUUUUAUUUGACGGCAUAUAUCUUAAUUGCGUCGGCGAUAACGCAGCUUUAAGUCUCGUCUGCGGAAAAAUCAAACUUGACAAACCACCAGCGAUGCGACCCUCUGAAGAUGGAAAUGGUUUCUACUUCUCUAUGUUCGGACAUUUGAACAGGACGGAAUCUGGACCAUACGAUAUGGUUCGUGGUACAGAAAACAUAAAUGAACUGGGUCACAUCGUGGCUUACGAUGGAAAGACCGUUAUGAAACAAUGGGGAGAUCCGUACUGCGGCAAACUUAAUGGUUCAGACAGCUCAAUAUUCCCCCCAUUCCAAAAUGGCGUACCAAAAAGGAUAUACACAUUCGAACCGGAAAUAUGCAGGUCACUUUACGCUAGUUUGGUGGACAAGCGAACAAUAUUCAACAUGAGCGCCUACUAUUAUGAAAUAGACGAAACUGCGCUCGCCUCGAAAACUAUGAAUCCUGGCAACAAAUGUUUUUGUAAGAUCAACUGGAGCAACAACCACGACGGUUGUCUGCUCAUGGGUCUUUUAAACCUAAAUCCAUGCAAGAACGUGCCAGCAAUUUUAUCACUACCUCACUUCUAUCUCGCUUCAGAAGAACUGUUGGAAUACUUCAAGGGCGGCGUGAAGCCGGAGAGAGAGAAACACACAACCUUCGCUUAUCUUGAAUCUGGUGCAGAAUUACCAAAGGAUAUUCAACAAGAGUUAGUUCAGGCUAACACUCUUCUCACAUACGUAGAAGUUGCCCGUUGGGUAAUCUUGACCAUCGCCAUACUUCUGUGUGUUAUAAGCGCGUUCAUGGUAACAAGAACUGGCUUAAAACCGUGGCCGAAGUCGCACAAUAGCCUUCACCUACAUGUACCGGAUAAAGAUGUAGUUCAAGAUUUGUCGUUAAAGCGUGAAACCAUAGCCCCUCAGUUUUUGGCUUCAGACCUAGCUCCAACCACUGAACGAGCCGAAGGAUUUCUCUAA